CACACACACACACACACACACACUCAUGGUAAUUCACAAAGGUAUUUCAACGCUGCAGACAGAGGAGUGGUUUCCAGGAGCAUUCAAAGGACAGAUAUUUCUUCCUCCUCAUUCUGACACUCCUUCUUGUCCGUGUUGGAUGCAUUUUCACUGAGCUUUAGACAGAACAAGUGAACAAUGUGGAAAGCUGUGUUUGUGUUCCUGCUGCUAAACAUGGACAUGCAGGCGAACUGCGCUGCAGAUAAGAAGCUGGAGUCCGUAGCAGAAAAGUCCAAACUUGUAGACACAGGAGAGACUGAAGCUGUAACCUCCAGCCCUGCAGGUGACCCGGCCUCUGCACCUUUCCGGGGCAAACUGCUAGUGAUACCCAUGGAUGGGAGUCACUGGCUGUCUGUAAAGGCCCUGUCCCAAGAAUUGGGUCGCCGUGGGCACCAGGUCACCGUGGUGAUACCAGAGGCCAGCAUGCGAAUGGGACCAGGGAAACACUAUGACACUGUUACCUUCCCUAUUCCUUACGACCAGGAAUUCAUCGAUCAGUUCAUGUUGACGAACAAGCACCUGAUGGAAAAAUCUGAUGGGUCCUUUCUACAGCGGGCAAAAACCCAUUUCUCACAAAUCAAGAGAGUAGUAGAAUUCAUCCACACGAUUGCAGAGAGCCUGCUAUUAAAUGAUACGCUCAUCUCGCAUCUGGCACAGCAGGAUUUUGACGCCGUCAUAACAGACCCCAUGGUGCCCACAGGAGCCUUAAUUGCUCGAAAACUAGGUCUCCCCUUUAUUAAUGUGCUGAGGGGUAUUCCGUGUUCCCUGGAUAUGAAGUCUGCAGGCUGCCCCUCCCCGCCCUCAUACGUGCCCCGCUUCUUCUCAGGAUACACAGAUAAAAUGAACUUCAUGGAGAGAAGUAUCAACACUCUGCUGGCUUUAAUGGAGCCAUUGCUCUGCAGAUUGAUGUACUGGCAGUUUGACAACAUGGCCUAUCAGUUCCUGGGAGAGAAGGUGGGCGUGGCUGAGGUGCUUUCUGAAUCUGCUAUCUGGCUGCUCAGGCUUGACUUCACACUGGAGUUUCCGCGCCCUCUCAUGCCAAAUAUGGUUCUGAUUGGGGGGAUGAACUGUGACAUUAGAAAUCCUCUUCCUAAAGAUUUGGAGUCCUGGGUGUCAGGAGAACAUGGAUUUGUAGUGUUUACUCUGGGCAGCAUGAUCUCAGAUAUGCCAGAAGAGACUACCUCCAUUUUUCUUGAAGCCUUCAGACAGAUCCCACAGAAGGUCAUAUGGAGGUACGGGGGGAAGGUUCCUGACAAUGUCCCAGAAAAUGUCAAGUUGAUGCAGUGGGUGCCUCAGAAUGACCUUCUAGCUCAACCUGGAGCGCGGGCUUUCAUCACUCACGCCGGCUCACACGGCCUUUUUGAGGGUCUGUGUCAUGCUGUUCCCAUGGUGAUGAUGCCGAUUUCCGGGGACCAGCCUGACAACGCGAGGAGGUUGGCAAGCAGAGAAGUGGGAGUCGUAGUGGAUCUGUUUAGUAUCACUACAGAAAGCAUUGUCCAAGCGCUGAAUGAGGUCAUCAAUGACACCAGGUAUAAAGAGAACGCGAAGAAGCUCUCAGCUCUCCAUAAAGACCGACCAAUCGACCCGAUGGACCUCUCGGUGCACUGGACUGAAUUUGUGAUGCGGCACAAAGGAGCUAAACAUCUCAGAGCUGCAGCCCACGACCUCAACUGGAUCCAGUACCACUGCCUGGAUGUGAUAGCAUUUCUGGCUACCGUUGUGCUGGUUUUUGUGCUGGUGACAGUAAAAUGCUUCAAACUGUGCUUCCGUAAACUGAGCAGGAAGAGGAAGCAGGAAUAAC